AUGAAGCUCAUAUACUCUGUAACUCUGCUAUUAUGCUUUCGUAUUGAAAUUUUGUAUCUUCUUUUAGCUUCUGUGUGUUCGCUCGCAUGGAAUCCAAAUGGUCAGACUGUAGCAGGUAGUUUGACAGGUGUUGCUGGUGCUGCACCUAAUGGUAUGAACGCUCCUAAUGAUGUAUUUUUGGAGUCACCCACUACACUUCUUGUCGCUGCUGGGGGGAAUCAGGUAAUCCAGAGAUGGACAACCGGUAAUCUCAACAGUGGAGCUAACAUUGCUGGUCAAAAUGGAGGAGCUGGAGGAGCUAAUAACCAGUUUAGAACUCCUGCUAGUGUUGUUGUUGACGCAAAUGGUAAUCUCUUGGUGGCAGAUAGUGCUAAUAAUCGAAUUCAAUCCUGGGCACCCGGUGCAGUUGUAGGCACAACCAUUGCUGGUGUAGGAGCAGUUGCCCCAAACAAUUUAGUUGCAGGUGUUGCACUUAACAAUCCAGUUAGUAUUGUACUUGGUCCUAAUGGAAACUCAUUUUUCGUCAGUGACAGUGGCAAUAAUCGAGUGGUUCAAUUCUUUCGAGAUGGUGUGACUCUUCCUCGGCUUGCUGCUGGCGGUAAUGGAGCAGGAGCUUUUCCGAAUCAGUUGAGUGCACCACAGGGUAUAUUUUUUGAUUCAGCAUCAAAUUCUUUAAUAAUCGCUAAUUCGGGUGCUAACGAUGUCAGACGUUGGGUUCUUGGACAGAAUAUAGGGACAAUUAUUGGAAACGGUGUUCAAGUUGGUAAUGCAGUACAACCACUAGCCGGGCCUAUCGGUGUAACACUUGAUUCCGCUGGAAAUUUGUAUGUGAGCGAUAGUGGAAAUAACCGUAUAGUGUUGAUUAGGCCUGGUCAAAUAACUGGUACUAUCAUUAUACCAGGAGGUGCCGUAGCUGGUGCUGCUGCUGCUACUCCCACUUCAUUAAAUAAUCCCACUGCCAUCAAACUCGACUCUCAAGGUAAUUUGUACGUGGCCGACACAAACCGUAAUCGCGUACAACUAUUUACGUGCAUCCGGGUUCCAGCGUGAUCGAAUUCAAUAAAACUUUGAACAUGUUUUUUUUUACUAAUCAACUCGUAGUUUAAAGGUAACUUGCUUCUAAUUUUCAUAUCUAUUCACACACAAACUGUAGCUGAUUUUUAUCGUAGUUUUUUUCUCAACACCAUUUAUAUAUUUAUGAUUUUUCUCUUCUUAAUAAAACAUAUAUUAUGGGUAUGGGUAAAUAAUUCAUCGAGACAUAUCAACUAAGUUGUUGAAGAAAAAAUAAUUGUUAGUUUCAACUUUUCGUUUUCAACAAUCGAUUAAGUCGAAAGUCUAAUGAUAAUAAUAUGAUAAAGUCAUUUAUUUAGAUUAACAUUGUUCAAGUUAUUUAACUCAAUACUUAUGGAUAUUUCUUAAUUAAUAUAUACAAAUUUGAACAAUUCUGAUUUUCUUUCCAUUGUUUUUCAAUAUGUUAGUCGUUUUGAAACAACAUCUAAUUUCAAUUGAUAAAAAGAUAUAUCAAAUAUAGGUUGGAUUAUAUUCAUGAAAGCAAGACACAGUUUGAAUUGAAUUGCAUUUUAAUCAGUUAUUUUCAUUAUAUCAAGAAUAGAUACUGAUAUCCAAUCAAAAAAACAUAAUGACUUAUUUAUCAAAGGUAGAAAUCAAUCUGCUGAUCUUAACUCUUGCUUUUUUAUAAUUCUUCAAGAAAUAUAAAUACGUGUGAGAGUUGUGUUUUAAAAUUUAAAGAACAAAAUUCACAACAAAGAAUAAAAUGGACGAAAGUGUCGAAAAGAAGGAACGUAAGCAGUUAUUUUUCAUUGAAGAUCGAUUUUCAGAGUUGAGUGGCCAUGAGCAUUUUUGGAAUAACUUUAAAAGAAAAGAAAAGAGAAGUAGAAUUUGGGAUUUCAACACUAUCUACAUUUGACAUUGUUCUACCUUUUGUUUUACAAUGCUGACGAAAGAUUCUAGUCAUUUUUCCUCUAGCAUAUACCGUUAGUUUUCAAGAUGACUCUAAUUGUCUUGGAAAGCAAUAUGCUUUUUCAACUGUAGUAUGAAUAACAAAUAACCUAACUUCUUCUCUAUAUCAUUCAUUUAGGACUGAGCUUGCUAACUAUUUGUAUUUCAAAUAUAUGAAGAUUAUAGUGAAGAUUACUCACCAAAAUUUCUUGCAAAUCUGAGUGGUUAAUAAAUGUCUCUUUCUAUAGUUUUAGUCUACUUCGAUUUUUUAACAUAAUUUAUUAACUAUUAACGUUUUCUAUUAAAAUAUCAUUAAAAAGAACACACGCUAAUUUUAUAUUCAUGAUAACGAAUUGAUAUUUUUUUCAUCAAAAUGAUUAUUUGAAUCAAAAUCGAUCUAUCGAUACGAAUUUUAAAAUGUUUAUAUGCAUUCAAAAACAAAAAUCUUUGGAUCGUUAUGAUACAUUACGUGGAAUAAAUAUUUCCAAAGUUCUCUUAUUAGAAUUGUUUUAUUGAAAUUUAUCAAAUUUAAAACGCAAAGUAUAUAAAAACAAAAAGCAUAAAACAUUUAUCUGAAUAUCUUACAUUAAAUUCAAUCUAUUCAUCUCUAUUCGAUACAGACAAUUUUUUCAAGUUUUCAAGUUAAGUAUUGUACUUUGAAUCUUAUGGAGAUCGUCUAGGUUUGAAUGUCAAUACUCUAUCCUCUUGAAUCAUAUCAGAGUUUUAGAUAACGACAGAAAUAAAUCCGGAUAACAUGAUGAGAAGUAAUGAAAUAGAAAGACAUAUGUAUAUCGCUUGUUGUAAGAGCUUCUAUUAUAGUUGAGGAUUUAUAUAUUAUCCGAUUCUACAAAAAAUAAAAUAAUUUGAUUAUAAUUUCGAAAAUAUAUUGUCUGAAUUAUUUGAUGUAAUAUAUCCAUGACCAAUAUAUUCACAACGUAACAUUGCUUUUAAUGAGUUUUCAAAGUUUUCAUUUGUUGAAUGUUCGAAUUCAGAAGUCUUCAUCGUUUGCAACAAUGCUAAAUUUCCUUUUUUCCGAGUAAGAACUGCUUUUCGCAAGAUAAUUAACGAUGGAAUAUGAAUUAGUAAUAUAGCUAAACGCC